AUGACGCUUGAUCCUGACAUAGACAGGCCGAUAGAAGAUGUGGAAAUGUAUCGAGAACCUGAUUCCCGUCUCUUUCACCCUCUGGAUGAUGUUCAAAAAGUGCAAGCAGAAAUAAACAUUAUGGAAAAAGAGGAUUAUGAUGCUGCAUCAGAGUAUAGUUAUCCAGCUGGAAAUCCUUUCCACGAGAAUACGAUUAUCAUGACAGCAGAGCCAGAUCUAGCCGGGCACAGUUGGACGCCGUCGGUUCCAGAAACGACUGGAAACAUUCUACCAACUCCGCCUGUCGUGAAAAAAGAGACACCUAAAACCGAUACACCGGAAUGUCCAUCUGCGGAAUCAACAUCUGCGCAAGUCACUGAACCAGUCGUCAAUGAUGAUUCCAGUAGGCAAUGUCCAUCUACGCUAAUGAAUGCUAAUGAAGGCGAACUCGUUAAAGAUUCCUUGAGCGUUGACAACGAUCUCGAAGAUGAUGACGACGAAAACUCAGAGAUUGUGCGCAUAAUGAAUCGCCCAGCCUCUAAACAGCUACAGCUGAGCGUUGAUCAAAUGAGCUCUGUCUGCACGGGAAUGUCAUCCAGACGAAAGUCAUUUCUGACGAAGGAGAUAGAUGCUCUGGCGAAUUUCCCGAAGCUUGGAGUCCCGCUAAAGAUCAAGAACUCUUUCAAAAAACUUGGGGGUCUUUUCAAAAAUAGGAAGAAAGAGACGGUCAUAGAUGAGGGAGAAUUUAUACCAGUGGAAAAGCAAGAGCCAAGUGAUGUCGAAAGUGGUCUCGCUUACUACACCCCUCCAGACGGCGUUCACCCUGAUGAAGUCUUAGCGCCAGGCAUCCCAGACGAAUUCUUAGACGACUUUGCCGUGCUACACAACAUCGAAGGCGAAGAAGAUGACAAAUUUAUCCCUGAUGACAGGGAGGUUAUCCUGGACGAAGUCCUGAGCGAAGCAAGCGAACCCCAGACAAAGAAAGCGAACCUAUAG